UUCAGGAGACAGAGUGGGACAUUAGCCUCAGUGUGUCACCAUGGCAUUCUUCGACACGGCGGUUUUAGUUGCGUUAAUCUUUGUUUUACUGUGGCUGCUUCUUCUGAAAAAUCGUGGACAGAAGUGUUUACCUCCAGGACCCUCUGCACUUCCUGUUGUAGGUAACCUGCUCCAGCUGGACUCCAAAGCCCCCUACAAAACUCUGCUCAAGUUCGCUGAAUGCUAUGGCCCCGUGGUCACAGUGUACCUGGGCCCUCAGCGGGUCGUGGCUCUGAUCGGAUACGAAGCAGUGAAAGAGGCUCUGGUGGACCAAGGAGAUGACUUUUAUGGAAGAGGACCUGUUCCCUUUCUUAUGAAAGUUACCAAGGGUUAUGGGUUGGUGAUCAGUAACGGAGAGCGAUGGAGGCAGUUGCGACAUUUUACGUUGACAACACUGAAAGACUUUGGGAUGGGACGCAAAAGGAUGGAACAGUGGAUCCAAGAGGAGAGUAAACACCUGGUGGCUCGCAUUGAUGGUACAAAAGCUUCACCUUUUGAUCCCACCUACUUCAUGAGCUGCACCGUGUCCAAUGUCAUCUGCUGCUUAGUGUUCGGUCAACGCUUCAGUUACGAUGACGAGCACUUCCUCCGCCUAUUGCAGAUCAUCUCAGAAGCACUGAGAUUCGGAAGCAGUCCUUCGGGUCAGUUAUAUAACAUCUUCCCUCGGCUGAUGGAGUACCUGCCUGGUCAUCACCACAAAAUGUUUACCAGAGUUGAAGAGGUGAAAAGUUUUACAAGGCAGAAGAUCCAGGAGCAUGAAGAUACGCUGGAUAUGAGCUCCCCCCGAGACUACAUCGACUGCUUCCUCAUCAGAAUGCACCAAGAAAAAAACAAUUCCACCUCUGAGUUCCACUAUGACAACCUGGUGCCAACACUGUUAAAUCUGUACCUGGCAGGAACUGAAACCACCAGCUCCACCAUCAGAUUUGCUUUAAAUGUAUUGAUGAAAUAUCCUAAAGUACAAGAGAAAAUGCAGGAGGAGAUCGACUCAGUGAUCGGUCAAAAUCGUGACCCUUUCAUGGAGGACAAGAAGUCCCUCCCGUUCACAGAUGCGGUUCUUCAUGAAGUGCAGCGUUUCAUGGACAUCGUCCCCCUGGGUGUCCCUCAUUACGCACUUCAUGACAUCUCCUUCAGGGGUUACACCAUCCCUAAGGGUACAAUCAUUCUUCCCAUGUUGCACUCUGUGCUCAAAGGGGAAAAAUACUGGGCGAAUCCGUUCUCCUUCAGCCCUGAACAUUUCCUGGAUCACAACGGAAACUUUAAGAAAAACCCUGCAUUCAUUCCUUUUGCUGCAGGAAAGAGAGCCUGUGUUGGAGAGUCCCUGGCCCGUAUGGAGAUUUUCCUCUUCAUCGUGACACUUCUGCAGAAUUUCACCUUUUCCAGUCCUGAGGGUCCUGACAGCAUAGACCUGACUCCUGAGUACAGCAGCUUCGGCAACAUUCCUCGCAGAUACAACGUUAUUGCUACACCUCGGCAGCAGCAGUAACGUGGAAGACAGUGUGACGGCCUCAUUUAUGCUAAAAUGUGAAUCAUGUAGCUCUAGCAGUGACCUAAGUUUACCUUUCACAUGUAACACGAUAACAGCGCUGUGGGUUCUCAGUACCACUGUUUUUACUGUCUUAAGCUGCACUGAAGGAAGUGCACCACUCCACAAGAUUGCAGGCUUGUGGGGGUCAAAGUUCAACUAGGAUGAAGUGCAAGUAGGUUGUAAUGAAUACCUGAGUGUAUAAACAUCACAUGUUUGUCUUUACAAGCUGCAGCGUUUAGACUUGGAUGAAACUUUGGACCCAAAAUAGAAAAAAAAAAAAGCUCACCAAAGCUAUAAAAAAUUAAAAAAGGGUAAUAAAUACAGGG